GGGCUCUGCGAGGAACAUUCCUCCAUGGAACAUUGAUCGGGUCACACCGGGAAAAACUUGAAGGCCCAACAAUCAGUCAUCUCGCUCUCUCGCUCUUUCUCUUCCUCUCUUUUGGCGCAAAAACGUCAAGAGAACAAACUGUUGAUUUUAAGGUGAUCAAAUUGGAGGAAGACUGGCCUCAAAGACUCGUGCGUGUCUGCAACUUAGGGUUGGAACGUGAUUGUGGAACUGUUCAUAAAUUGGAUCCCAAGUGUCUAGACGGACGAAGCGAAUUCGAGUGAAACCCCUCUACACUGGAACCCACAGAAUAACAUGCAUUGACCUCACUGAAGUCUAAUUCGCGAUGCAUGGUAUGGAGCACGAGUUCCAUGGACCGGUAGUGUCCGUGGAUGAUGAUGAUUUCGGUCGGGACACCAAUGCAGUCCCGGCUGGUCCACUGAUGCUUCGUAUACCCAAAGGGGGCGGGUCAGGGGGUCACAAUGACACCGUUCGAUUUGCCGGAGAUGACAAAGCCACCAAUGUGCUGCCGCCAAGGAAGCCCACCCAUCAAAUCGUGUCAGGUCAGGGUGACGAGCAUCACUUUAUCACCACUCCCUCAGGCCAGAUCCUCCACGCACAUCAAGACAAGAAUAGGAUUAACAAACACAAAUUCAGCCAUCUCAUGAAUGAAUACAUGGGUGCCUGUAUGGAGGAUAACUGCAAUAUUGCCGAUCCCGAGGGACCUGGUGUGUGUGCCAUGCUCUUGACUUUUCUGGCCUUCAUCCUCGUUCUCGUCACCAUGCCAUUCUCUCUCUGCGUCACGGUGAAGGUCGUUCAAGAAUACGAGAGAGCGGUUGUGUUCCGUUUGGGUCGACUUCGUGCCGGAGGAGCCAAAGGCCCAGGUUUAUUCUUCAUCAUGCCCUGUGUCGAUUCGUACAAGAAAGUGGAUCUCCGUACGGUCUCUUUUGAUGUUCCACCUCAAGAGGUGCUAUCUCGUGAUUCAGUAACAGUUAGUGUAGAUGCUGUUGUAUAUUAUAGGGUAUCGAAUCCAACCAUGGCUACAAAUAACAUCGAAGACUACAGUCACUCCACGCGUUUGCUUGCCGCCACAACCCUCCGUAAUGUGUUGGGAACAAAGAAUCUGGCAGAGAUUCUAUCAGAGAGAGAGACAAUCAGCCAAGUCAUGCAAAACGCUCUGGACGAGGCCACCGACCCUUGGGGUGUGAAGGCAGAGCGUGUGGAAAUAAAGGACGUUCGAUUACCGGUUCAACUCCAAAGGGCGAUGGCCGCCGAGGCUGAAGCAGCUAGAGAGGCCAGAGCUAAGGUCAUUGCGGCUGAGGGUGAACAAAAGGCAUCCCGAGCCCUUCGAGAGGCUGCAAGCGUGAUUGCCGAAAGCCCAUCCGCUCUACAGCUUCGCUAUUUGCAAACGUUGAAUAGCAUCGCCGCCGAGCACAAUUCAACCAUCAUCUUUCCCAUGCCGAUGAAUAUAAUGGACCAUUUCAUGGGCAAGCGUGCGAUUGAGCCGUCGAGUCCUCCCCCAAGGAAAGGACCGCCAACAGAGAUUCUGGAUUCACCAGUUUUGUAAAUCAUCAUGGCCAAUUCUGAACUAAUAAUUGACACGGACUUUUGAUUUCGAA